AACUUGUUCCAGUGAAACAACAGCUCAAAAAAUGGAAAACACAAGUUCUGAAGCUGAAAACAUGACCGGAGGCACUGCACAUAACACCACGAUGCAGCAAGAGGGAUUUACAAGCUUUGGGAUCUUUGAAUUCUGCAUUUUCUUUGCCACCUGUGUAGUGGGUCUCAUUGGAAAUGGACUUGUAAUAUUUCUGACUGGCUGCAGAAUGAAGACGACCGUCAACACCAUUUGGUUUCUCAACUUAGCGAUUGCAGACUUCAUCUUCUUGUUGUCUUCAAUCAUAAAUUUUCUGAGAGAGAGACAAUUAAAUAUAAUAAGCAUUUUCAUUGGAUUUAUUUUAAGACUAAAUAUGAAUGCUAGUAUUUUCUUUCUUGUAGUUAUCAGUCUGGACCGAUGCCUGUGCACAUGGAUGGUUGUUUGGGCUAGAAAUAAACGAACUACACUUAAAGCCACGAUCAUCUGCAUAAUUGUAUGGGUUUCAUCCAUCGGCUGCUGCAUUCCUUUCUAUACAUUUAAUAUAUCUAAUCUUGCAUCUGUGAUCACAUAUAAUUUUACAGUGGGCUUCCUCAUCCCCUUUUUGAUCAUUGCAUCUUCAUACACAGCUAUUGGACUACGAAUCAAACGCCUCAAAAGGGUGAAGCAGUUCAGGUCAUACCGGGUCAUUAUAACUGUAACUCUGGCUUUUUUCAUAUGUUGGUUUCCAUACCAUGUUUGCAUUUUUUAUGCAGUAACUGCAGUAGGAAAUAACAGUAUUGAUGCUGUAUUGUUGACAGCAAUGAUUGUCUGUUUCUACCUGGUUCAUCUCAACAGCUGUCUGAACCCCAUUCUCUAUGUGUUCAUGUGUGAUGAGUAUAAGAAGAAGCUUAAACAGUCUCUGCUGCUGGUGCUGGAGACGGCUUUUGCUGAAGAUCAUCUGGACUUUAAGGCAGACGCAAAAGAACGAGGACAUGAAAACUCAACUGAACUGUUGGAUAUGUAGAAGUCGGAUCUCUAAAUGAUAAACCUGGAUCUAAUUCAGUAUGUUUAUAGUCCUUAUCUAGCAAAUUGUAAAAAAAAAAAACGCAACUGCAAAAUUCAUGUUUGGAGCAUGACUGUGUAUAAUCGUGUGUUGUAAAACCAAACAGAGAACAUCUCUUCAAG